GACACCUUUCAAAGUUCAGACGAACCUGAGUAGCCGCUGUUGAAGAUGCUAGGGUUUAGUGCAGCUGUUGCCUCUCUUUCCCCUGUCUCGACUGACGUCGUCAAUUUAGCCGCCGUCCUCGCCACCCCACGCGUUCUACGCGCCGUCACUGCUCUUCCUCUCUUCGUUCGAAUAACAAAUACCAUCUCUCCUUCCAACCUGGAGCAUCUGUCUUCGAUGAUGAUGUCAUUAAGGUCCAAUAGUUGUUCUUCAGUUAAAGCCAUGGCUAAAGCUGGUGCUCUUUCAGCACCCACGACACCCGCGCGUGGGAGGAAGCACGCUUUGAUUUCGUUAUCAGAUAAAACGGAUGUGGCUGUUCUUGGCAGUGGACUUCAGGAACUGGGGAUUGCAGCUGGCUUGGGAUAAAGGUUACAACGAAGUAAUUGUAGAGUCGGACUCGAAAGUGGGGUUGGAGUUAAUAGAGGAUGAAGUGCUCACAUCGCCUUACCACAAUCUGGUGAAACAGAUUAGGAACAUGAAGAGCAGAGAUUGGUCAUGCAAGCUGCAACAUAUUUGGAGGGAAGGAAAUCGAUGUGCAGAUUGGCUAGCCAAGGAAGCAAUCCGAUUACAGUCAUCAGGCGGACGAUUAGAAGAGCCACCGGAAGGACUAAGGGAGUUACUAGGAGCUGAUAUAAUUGGGGUCACAACCCCACGCUUAAUACCAUGUUAAAAGGCAGUGGCCUCUCCUUUGUAUUCAAAGUUUACAUAUCUUUUGUUAUUCGAAGCUGCUUGCUGGGA